GGAGAACAGAGAGGAGUCUUUAAAAACCACAAGAUUUCUGUGAAACACGAAGCUUUGAGCCAUGAGGCUGCCGAGGAGCCCCACGCUCCACAGAUAGACGGGCUCCCACACAGCUAGAGGUCCAGGAAAGAGCUCUUGGGUGGUUUCUAACCUCUCUGUGAAAGCACUUGUUUAUUUUUACUUGCCUCGUGAAAUCUUAUGAAUAUAUUCCAAUAACUGCGCUGGGAACGGAAAGAAGCUCUCUGUGCUAGUGUGCACACACAGUCCUUGGAGGCUGCUGCUUCCCCCAGCUCUGCAAGGCAGCUCUCCUUGUCACUGCACCCUGGGACCUCUCUGAAACACUGCCUGCAGCCAGCCCCUCUCGCCCGUGCUGCAGCUCUGCUCCUCUGCCCAGCACCAGCCAGUGGAAGCUGAGCUCUGAUGGCUCCCUGCAGGCUCCCCGUGCUGCCAGCGGCUCUGCUCUGGGGCUGGGUGCUGGCCUCCUCCUCCUCCCCCAGCACAGUUGCUCCCCCACGAGACCUUCGGAUCAGUGACCCCGGGCUCCUGGGCUCCCUGGAUGUGGAGUGGAAGCCGCCGCCCCACGCCCAAACCUUCAACGAGUGCGCAGUGAAAUACAAGUUUGAGUAUCGCAGCACCGGGGACAGGGACUGGAAGGUUAUUUUUACUAGGAAGCUAAAGUUCAGAGUUGGAUUUGACCUCAGCAGGAGCGCUGAGGUGAGGCUGCAGACCCUGCUCCAGGGACGGUGUACGGACGACGUGGAGGUGCAGAGCGACUGGGUUUAUGCCACCUUUCAGGUCCCACCGCAAGGAAAACUUGAAUCAGAGGUCCAGAAUUUCCACUGCAUCUAUCACGACUGGGAAUACCUGAAGUGCACCUGGCAGCCAGGUCUCCUCUCGCCUCGUGGGGUACAUUAUGGGCUGUACUAUUGGUACGAGGGGCUGGAGCGGGCGGCGCAGUGCUCUCACUACAUCCAGGAGCGCGGCGUCAACGUGGGCUGCGUGCUGCGGAACCUCAGCCAGGCAGAGUACCGGGACCUCAACAUCUGCGUCAACGGCUCGGCAGCGGCCAUCCUGCUCCGGCCUCUGUACACCACCCUGCGCCUCCACAACCUCGCCCAGCCCUCAGCCCCGGAGCAGCUGGUGGUGUCGGUGUCCGCAGCCCAGGAGCUGCUGGUGGCCUGGAGCCCCCCGGGCGGGCGGGUGCCGCCGCACUGCCUGGAGUACGAGGUGCAGGUGGCGGAGGAUGCGGGGGAAGCCGCGGCUGCCUGGGCGUUUGUGUCGACCCAAAUGGAAACUGCUUUAACAAUUUCCAGAGCAAAUCAAAGCCACGUUUCGUGUGUUCGUGUCAGGGGGAGAACAAACAUUUUUUGUGCUGACCAGGGCUUUUGGAGUGAAUGGACACAGGAUUGUUUCUCUGUGUCCAGAAAAGAGGACAAGCAGCUAUUUAUCCUCAUUCCAGUCAUCCUGAGUUUGUCAAUUAGCCUCAUAAUGUUUAUGUUGAUCGGCCAGUGCAAGAAAAGAUCCCCAGCAGGAAAGGCAUUGCAUGCACCUGUGGGAUACUAACCCUGCCUGUGCCUGCUGCACUGCUCGUGUCUGGUGGGCUGCUGGUGGAACACCAUCCCGAGGACAGCCGAGGAGCUUUCCGCAGCCCACACGGCUCUGCCCUGCCUGCUGCCACUUGUGAAGGCAGCUGCUGCAGUCCCAGUCCUUAACGGGCCCAGGAAAAAGCUGGAGGGGCUUCCACUGACUGCAGGAAAACUGGAAGAGAACUAAGCUGACUCUGAAGCAAGGUGUUUCUGGUAACAGGACAAGCGAGAAAAAAGAGGCAGUGGAAACUGCCACGAAUAAAGAUGACGCCUUGCUCUGUGGACUUGUUCGGGUUUUUUUCUUUGGUAAGGACUCCAGAAAUCCGUCAGCAGGACACACACAUUGGAGAGCAGCACCUCACACACAGUGCUACACGUGCAAACACCUGCAGCCGGCCCCACCUUGCUCUCACCAGGUCCUCCCUGUUCCCAAAUACUCUGCUGAGAGCACCUAAGUGCUGGACAGGAGCUCCCUGAGCUAUUUAUUUCAUCAGCUGAUACGUUUUGUCUGCUGAAAAGCUCAGGUGGAGAAGUCUUGAGAGAAACUUUCACUAUAAAGGGGCAUGGCCACAGCUCCUGCAAAGGACAGACAAUUCAGAGAAGUGGGGGUCACUCUGGCAAAUGUGACAUGGGAGCUUCUCUAGGAAGUGGACACUGGCCCCAGAAUUCAAUGGAACACACUUAUA